UUACAAUUACCUGCAAGACAUUACAAUUUGAACAUCUUGAUCACAGAAAUUACUUAACUUCUAAACAUAACUGGAAUUCACUAAUUUAUUAUUAUGUAUUAAUUUCUAAAAUAUAUAAGCUUCUCAUUUCAACUACAAAUAAGGUUUAUUCCCCCCAAAAAAGGUUAUGCUAGGAAAAUAAAAAAUGUCCAAAAACAUGAAGCAUUGAAAAUUAUACUAAAUUAUAAAAAUUAUUGUGUAGAAAAUAUAUGAUAAACCUCGAAACUCAUGUGCUGCCCUCCCAGGAAUUGAAUCCAACUAAAGAAAUUAAAAAAAAGUCACCUGAUAAAUGUUUAUCAUAUGUUAUGUGUUUAAUAUCCUUAUAUAUUUUUUUUAUUUUUUGAUCUUUCAGCUUAAGAAAGUAUUUUAAAUUUUUAUUUUAAAACAGUGAAUACAUUUUAUUUUUAGAUUUAUUUGUAUUGCUGUAUAAAAUCUGAAUUUGAUCACCUUUUGACUGACUUGCCUUGCGGUUCAUGUCUAGAAUGUGACAUGGCGUCUGGGAUGAAAGUUUGUCAUUAAAUACCUUUUAUGUUGUUGUUUCCAUGAAUUUUCUUUUACGGGAGGGCUUUUAUUGAAGCCACUCACAUUUUCAAGAGACCUGCAUUAAUGGUAAUGCAUGCAAGGAAAACUCAACGGAUCGGCGAUGGGUAUUUCGAGAAACACCAGACCCAUCCGUACCAGAAUUCAAAAUAUAAUUCCAAAGGUAGCUAUGAGCGGGACAGAAUGCGAGAAAGGGAUUCUCCCAAUGGGAAUUCUUAUAGAUCAGAAAGUCCAGAAUGUGAUAGCCCGAGAGAUAGAGGAUCAUCAUAUCAUAGUAAAUCAUUGUAUGUGUCUAAAAGCCGUGAAAAGGAGAGGGAGAACAGAGACUAUAAAAAUAGGGAUAAAUACUCAGACUGUGUCAGUAGAUCUCCUAAAGACAAGAGGAUGCGAGAAUCUAGGGAAACUGAACAUAGAACCAACCAUGAUAGGAAUAGUACUGAAAAGAAUGAUUCACAUUCAUUAAAAUUGUCGCAAAAUUCAUCACGAGACACUUCUCAACGUAAAAUUAAUUCUACCUGUCAACAAGAGAAAAGAGAAGACAGGGAUAGAGUGGUAAGGUGUGGCGAUUGGUCUGAACAUUUAAGUUCCUCUGGAAAAAAGUAUUACUACAAUUGUAAAACUGAAGUGUCACAGUGGGAAAAGCCUCGAGAAUGGAUGGAACCAAGACCACCACAAACACAAAGGCAUUCGUAUCAACCCCCACUUCAACAAAAUCGAACAACUGGUGGUACAGUAUUGGAUAAACAUUCCGUAAACAGCCGUAAGACUGUGGCAGUAGGCAGCACUGCUAGAACUGAUAAACUACCUUCUACUACUAGUAGCAGUAGUUAUUGGCCUGGGGUACACCAUGAGUCUCUUAACACCUCUAAGCCAGCCACUGACCUUCCAAACAAUUCAGGAGUUGCUGAUGGUCAAGCUACAGAUAUGGAAAUAUGCUCUGGUGAUAGCACCCCUACCUCAGAAACAAGCGGAGGCCCUCAAGAAGGUGCCAAUGCCCCGGGACCACCUCAACAGCCUCUCCAUGUAGAAACGAUUGGUCUAUCUGUCGAUCCUGGACCUCCUACCCCAACACAUUCAGAGACACAAGACUGUACAGAUGCUAGGAAGUUGACAAGUCCUCCAAGCAGUCUCCUGAGUGCAGGAACAGCAUUAGCUGGGCUAAGGCCCCAAGCGCCGAACCUUACACCUUCCCUCGCCAAUCAUUAUAGGGAUGACCUUGUAAACCAUGUGCGGGGUUGGCCUGCUGAUCUUUUGGAAAAACAGGCUCAAAAGAUGAGCGAGGAAGCUCAUGGGCUGGGUAGUAUGUGUACAAGGGUGUCAGCAGAAUUGAAAUGUGCCCGGUCUAUUGUGAGACUUACCGAGAUUCAGGCAACUCUUCAAGAACAAAGGGUCUUGUUUCUUCGUCAACAAAUAAAAAAUCUUGAAGAACUGAAAUCUCAAAAUUCAUUCAUGGCUGACGAACCAUAGUCAUACUUCCUCAUCUGAUCUCUGGAAAUGUGUUGGACGUUUGGCUGAGUCAUUAGCUGUUCGGGAAAGUGUUUGAUUCCCAAAAUUAUGAUGAUAGAUAUAUUAUUUAUUAAUUGGACACCAAAUGACCUGUGUAAAUAGUGAAAAAUGAAAUGAAGAGCUAAUUAUUAAAUCUGUGUAUAGACAAUUAUAUUUUGUUAUUGUAAUGUUUGGGAAGAAAACAGUGUAAAAACUUCGAUGAAUGACUCAUGAAUUUUGUGUGUGGAUUCAAACUGCUAAGAAGUGACAGCUCUCUUCAUGAAUUUUAUGGAAGAGGUUGCACAACUGUCAAGAAGGACUAUUACGGUUUAUUAUUUUAAUUCUCACUGGCAAUGCUGCUAGUUUUGUAAAUAGUUACUACGUACAUUUAGAAAACGGAGUAGGUGAUGACCUUUAUUGAUUCUAAGAUAAAAAAUGUUUAUAUAUUUAAAUACACCAUCGUUCUAUUUAAUUUGUCGAUAUAGGAUGCAUUUACAAUGUGUUUAUAUGUAAAUUUAGAGGUAAGUUAGUGAGAAAGUAAGAAUGAAUAAAAAGAAAAAUGGUAUACAUGAAUUUGAUCUAUCUAAAAGCUUUUAUAAAACUUGACUAUUGUUAUCUAUAGUUGAACUCUAUCCCUCCUAUUGUUAGUUCUCUAAACCGAUAACAUACCUAUUAUGGAGUAGGUAUUGUUUCAGAAUUUCAUUCUUCUCAGAUUAUCAAUCACAUUCUAAUUUUUUUACAAUGAAUUUUUAAAAAUUUUGUUUUGUGGAUGGAGGGUUAUAAACCGCUGUGUCAUCUGUGUUAAUGUUCUACAUUUGUAUAGAGAGCGUAUCCCUUAUAAUAAAUUUUUAUUUUAUAAAACUAGUCUUUUUUAUUGUUUUAAGUAUUUAUGUAAUUUUGUUGCCCGACCUCACUUCAUUGUUGGUAAGUUUACUGUAAAUCGGCAUUUUAGAUUUACAGAAAUUAUAUACAUACAAUCUCUUUUAAUCUAUUCUAAUUUUGUAUUUAAUAUUAUGAUGUUACAAAUUGCCAAAGUUAAACAUGUAGGGAAUAAUAAAAUAGAAAAUAAAAUUUUGAUAUAUUAACAUAAUUCCCUUUUUAUUAUGUAGAACCCUGUGGAUAAUAUAAAGCCCGGAUAUAAGGAUAAAGAUGAAAUUCUAAUUUAUCUAUAAUUCAUAAACAAACUUUACUUUAGUAAUGUAAUUGAUUUAUGUUUUACAAAUAUAUUUUACAUCAUGGAGGAAUAUAAUCGAUCUACAACUAAGUUUAUGUACAUUAUAUAAAAAAAGUAAAAUAAUUUUUUAAAGCCCUCAUGUUAUUUUUCAACAAUGAAGCUGGAACUCACAAUUUUUGGUCUACUUUUUAAAAAUUAAAUUAAAAAGAAGAAAAAGGUUUAUAUAUAUUUGUUUUUUAUUUCAAAGUAUCCAACAUUUUUGCAUCAAGAGAUCCAGAUUGCCUAGUAGGAGGACAGUACCUAAAUAAUGUAUUAGAACCUCUGUUGAGUUGAUUGAUCUGCUGAAGAUAUCUCCAAGUAUGUGUCCAAUUAUCAAAUAUUGGCAUUUGUGGAGGUUGUCCAGCUGCAAGGCUAAAAUAUACAAAUAAACAUUAUUUUUCCGAGUCAUUUUAAAAUUGAUUAUUCUAAAGAUUUUUUAUGAAAACUAUGCUUUAUGUAAUGAGAAGUAGUAAUUUAUUUCACUUUCACAAACAACAAAUGCAUUCACUUCGGCCAUUGGCAAUAAUUAGCAUUUUACCAUUUUUAUUAACAUUUAUCGACCUAUUUAUCAUCCUCAUAAUUUUAAAAUAACAUUUAAAUUAUAAACCUUUUAUAAUUUUAAAAUAACAAUCAAGAAAUAGAUCAAUCGCUAAAUACUUUUUACUUAAGUAAUGUAAAGCAAGCGGACCCCUCACAUUGAUGUGCAGCAGAGAUGGUAGAUUAAUGAGAAUAUAUAUAUUUCACUUAUAUAUACAUAUCAACAUUCAACGUACGUAAAUGAUUAAUAAUAAAAUGAAGUUUAGUGAACCAAAGAUUAGAUACCGAUACCACCAAUCUCUGUCAGUACAGAUCUCCCUCCUGCCACUGUCCAAACAGCUCUGCCAGAUCAGCCUUAAUAUAAUCUUCUCACCUUCGCUUCAGUUCACCAUCCCUGGACACUUUCCAGUCAGCACACAGAGCAUAUUAAAGAUUAGAAGACCAGACAAAACUGACUAAUCAGUUGUCUAGUCUUCAAACCGUGCUAGCCCUGAUUAUGACUGACAUAAUUGCUGGGUCGAAACAUCAGCAAACUUAAUAAACAUGAUUAUUGACUGCCGUAUCCCUACUAUUUUUCUUCUUUACAAUUUCAACAGUCAACUAUAAAACAUAUCUGUCUCUAAAUAAUAUACGUCAGAUUAUCAGAGAUUUUGGAUCGGAGGACAAAAUCUGGCGUGUUGGACCCAUCACAUCGACAGUCUGCUGGGUUCCAUCGUGGGAGACACCUGGAAGUGAUGAAGAUACAGAAAUUCCCGAUACCUACUUCUGAUGAUGUGGAGGAUGCUUUAUGAUGAUGAGCUUAAUAACAACUAAGCUGCUACAGGUGAAGAUGAGAUUCCACCUGAGCUCCAGAAGCAUGGCGGCGAAGAGUUCUUGAGAGCCCUCUACGAUGUCACCCUGGAUCAAGGAGAAAAUGCCGGAACAGUGGAAGAAAAGCAUCAUCUAUACACUUCACUAGUAUGACAACAUCCUGGAAUGCUCCAACUACCGGAUUAUUUUGCUUCUACAGUGUGCCUACAAGGUUCUUUCUAUCGUCAUUUAUAAGAAAUUUCUCCCACUUGCAGAGAGAGAAAUUGAAAAAUAUCAGGCAGGUUUCAGAGGUGGGAGAUCUACAAUUGUUGUCGCAAAGUGAUCAAAAGUUGGGUCUGUGGAUGAUACUCGAGAUGUCCCCAGGAGUAUUGGAUGACUACUCACCAUCUCUUUAUUGACUUAUGACAGCAUUAAAAGGCCUAAGUUAUAUGCAGCUUUGAGAGAGCUUGGUGUCCAUUUGAAAUUAGUCCGACUGAUCAAGAUGACCAUGGAUGAUACAACGUGUACUGUGAGAAUUCAGUCAGAUCUCACACCAUUGUUCUAUCAACCAAAGGUGUUAGAGAAUUUCCUACCCGAUUUGGGCAUACAGACCUCUGACACCAUCUUGAACUGGAUCGUUCAGGUACUUGGUAUUGCUGGUGACUAGGACAUUGUCGCAAGAUCUUUUGACUCCUUAAAAGAAGAUUUUCUCCAAUUGGUGGAAGAUAGUGGAUGUGUGUGAACCAAGUGAAGACAAAAUAUAUGACAGCAGUGCAUAGAGCAGACAGCCCGUGAUGAUGGACAAAUUCAUGUUCCAGAACAUAGAAGUUACUCAUUUGAAAGAUAAUUAAUUUAUGUCUACGAAGCUCAACUUUGAACAAAAAGAGAGAAAAAUUAUUUAACUUUUAGUCCAAUAUUAGAGGGGUUACAGCAAACAAUUAUUAUAUUUCUCAUUACUUAUAAUAAAUAUUUUAUCAUAUAAAUUCAUCUGAUUUGUUUGUCUUAUAGAACCUAAUAUCAGGUGUUUUAAGGAUUAGCACACAAUAAUAUAAAAAUAUUUUCCAAAUUUAAAUGGUAAACACAGUUAAUGGUAAAAGUUGUAUCUAAAAAAGAAAAAUUGAGUUCUUUGAUUAUUUAUAUUUAAAUAAAAAGCAUGACUUGGACAGAAUGCAUUAGAGAUCCUGAAGAAAACAAAAUAUUUAUCUUCAGAAGUAUGAAGAAUAAAAUUAAUUUCUUAUACUAAAUUUAAAAAAAAAUAAUCAUUUCCAAAUUAAUUGAAAUUAAUCUUAUCAGAGAUUUAUUUAUAUAAAAUUUAAAC